AUCCUCAUUCCGUAUAAAGAAUCCGUUCGGCAAACAACUCUAAUUGAGUUCAAAAUUUUCAGUAAAAUAUUUUUCUAAUAUUGCACAAAACUAACUAAACAUGGCGGUGCGACCUUUAGGACCUGGACCCGGCGCUUACAUGCUGCCAUCCACAUGCGGAUAUGACAAGCAUGACAGCCGGAAGCAACGUAUGCCUCAGUACUCCUUUGGCAUGCGUACCACCAUGCCCGGGGAUGCCAUGGGUCCUGGUCCUGGUGCCUAUAAGGUGGACAAACUGACCCGCUAUGGCAACAGCAAGGGAUUGGAGUUCUCGAUAGCACCCAGGACGAAUAUAAUUGAUAAACAAUGCAGUCCUGGUCCCGGUGCCCAUGAUGUCCACAUUUUCACGGGCACGCAGGCUCCGUCCUAUUCCAUGGGUCUGCGAACGGAUGUUAACUUUAAAAAGGAUGGUCCCGGUCCCAAUGCCUACAAGUACGAGGUGAAUGCUGUUCGUCCUGGAGUGCCUAAAUACAGCAUGGGCAUGCAAACCAAGGUUUUGGACAAGACGAACUCACCUGGUCCAGCCGCCUAUGCUGCCGGCGACAUUAAUGUGAAGCUAAACCGUGCUCCAAUGUACUCCAUGCAGGCACGCACCAACGUGCGGGGAGAGAACGUUGGUCCUGGCCCCAACUAUUAUGACCUGAUGUACUAUCGUCCCGGCAAGAGCGGCCCGGGCUACUCCUUCGGUCUGCGCCACUCUCAGUUCGCUCCGCCCAUGAUAGUUAGAUGUGAUAAUAUGUAGUUUACCUGCAAUAUUAGAAAAAUGUUCAAAAUUUCAGUAUAUAAACUUUUUCUUUGUAAUAAA